AGCAAGCGCAUAUGAUCCCCCAGGAGAAGAUCUUGGGGAUCGCUGCUCCCGGAUCGGCGUCCAGCGGCGACUCAGCGCUGCGCUACGUGGUGCGAUGUCACGACCCCGACUUGCCCGAGCGGCCCUUCGAGGCGCACUUACCGCGAGCCCAGGUGCACAAGGAACUGUUGGCGGAAUUCGAGAAGUCGCUGCUUCGGAACAGAGGGGACCACGGCAACAAGAAGACACGCCCCGCGUGGAUGAAGGGGGCCCGGCAACUUUCGCGCUGGCUGACGAAGCAGUCGUCGGCUUGCGGGCCGCCCAGCUCGGUCGGGGCGAGUCGUGGCGCAGACGCCCAGAGAGGAGGCAAGGAGGCUCAGCGCGGACCCGCUGCUAAGGUUCGAGCCCCGACGACUGGCGGGGCAGCGAGCAAGCGGGGCAAGGCUGCGGGCACUUCGCGCCGAGUAAGAAGAGCUGGCGUCGGCAGAGGCCCGGCCGCCACAGCGCCGAGGCAGUCAGCUCACGCCAAGUCGACGAAGCGGCCGGCGGCGGCCGACGUGAGCAGCGACGCCAGCAAGUUCCGCUCAUUGAGUAGCCGCUGCAGGGGGUGGCUAGCCCUGGACGACAAGCAGGAGGAAUCCAUCCAGGCGUGCGGCGUUGACAAACUCCACGGAAGCAACAGAGUCAGACGUUGCACUGGCGGCGUCGUGACAGCAGUGACAUCGUGCGGCUUGUUGGUGGACUGGAUGGAGCUCUUCCGAGGCGAGUCCAUCGAGCUGGUGUAUGCGUUCGCGCUGCGGCUUCACAAGGAUGCCCGCGAGCUGGGCUUCGUCAUUGCGGCUCUGGGAUACGAUAAUGCUUGCAAGCUCUUGUCGCUUGCCCGGGUGAAGAAAGAAGAUUACUUGCCGUGGACGCGGUCUUUCGUGGACGAAGUGCGCAUGGUGUUGGACCGGUUCCACCGAGACAACCACACGUGGUGCUUGAACAAGAUGCCAGAGGUGGACCCCCUGAGGCCGGAGAACGAGAAGUUAUUAGAAGGUAAAAACACAGAGGCAUGUGAACAACUAAAUUCAUGGAUUAGCGGCAGGACCAGGAACGGUCUCGAGAUGACGCGCGGGCACUUCCAGAUGCAUUGGUGGAUUCUUUUCGAUGCUCACAACCAGUGGCUCGAGCGGGAAGCGGCGUGCAAGCGCAGACGUCUCGAGCGCAAGACGAGUAAAGCAGCUCCCGCAUUGACGAAAGGAGAGAUUCGGACUGUGUACAGGAUCUUGGAGAGCCACAACCCGUUCCCCGAGCAGGCAGUGCGGCGGGCAACCCCGCUCAUGUGGGCUGUGGCUUCGGCCCUGGGACAAGCGACCUCACUGCAUGCGUCGUGCGUGUACGUCCACCUCAUGAUUCUGGUGGCCACAACGCUCGGGGCAGUUCAGAUCAAGUACGGUGGAAUACUAUCCCGACAUUGCAAUCUGCUCAUGCUCCAACAUGGCCAACCUGGGGAUGGCAAGUCGGUUGCGCUGUGGUUGGACGUACAAGUGCUGGCGUUCUUCGACAUGAUACGGGAGAGGCGCGCCAAGAAAAAGCACGACGAGGCCUGCCAGAAGCACAAGGACGACCCAGAGAACCACCCAGAGCCAGCGAAAAAAGAACACGUUAAAGACACCAUCUUCAACAAGGGGACCUUCAUCGGCCUCGGGAAUUUCAUGCAGGCGCAGGGGGAGACAGCAUUUCUUGCUCUACACGAGGGGAAGACAUGGUUACCGCAAACCUUCGACAACGGCCCAGGCGGCGGCAUCGACGACCUGAACCAAAUUCACGAUCAUGACAUGUACAAGAACCAUCCUGGGAACACGCAGAACCGAUUCCUAGUGCGAAACCCGCACUUGUGCGGAGCGGUCAUGAUGCACAUCGAAGAACUGUACGACCAGGCGCAGAAGCCCGACACGACCGCGGGCAUGAUGCGUUUCCUGAUUGGCCACUUCCCAGCUGUUGUUAACAAAAUCCGUCCAGAUGUGCCGCCAUCUCAAAUUACGCGCCUCCUGCAGGACGACCCGGACUACUUCAACGACCUUGACUACGACGACGUCGUAACCGCCAUUGGCAAGAUCAUGCUGGUGGCAUCGGCGCUUUAUGUGCGAGGCGUAGAGCGUGCGGACGAGAAAGACAACAACAGGUACUCCAGGGUGCGGGGGACGCACUUCCUGCCGUGGAAACCAGAAGUGAAGGACCACUUCCGCAAGCAAUUUAACAGGGCAGCGGACUACGUACGGGAGGAGGCACGCGCGUCUAAAGGCGCAGAGGAGAACAGCGAGUAUGCCGCUGCGCGGAAGGACAUGACGAGAACGCUCCAGUUCAUCCCCCCGGUGGACAUUGGGGAGAAGGUCAUCGACUAUUUGUUGAAGAAGGCUGGGAAGACGUCGGAGAUGAUCAAAGAGAUGACAGGCGAGGAUAUCGUGACGUGCCUCGGGAAAGGCACCGUGCCCCAUGACUUCGUUGACUCUGUGGACGUGACCGCGAUCGCCCCAGAGAUGCACGCCGCUUCGCGGGGGACACGGCCGGAUCGAAUGUCUGUCUGUUUCCUCUCCUCCAGCCCCUCCCCCCUCUUCUCCUCAUCCGCCACCUCCUCCACAUCCUGCUUCUGCUCCUCUUCGCCCUCGUCCAUUUUCUGA